AUGGAUUUAUAUUUGUCACAAGUGGAGCUCGAGAGAAUUCAAACCUCUUGGAGCGACAUACCCUCGAAGAGACGGUUUUGCAAUAUGUUGUAUUCCAACUUGAUUAUUCAAAACCCACAUAUUAACCAAGUGUUUAAUAAUGAUGAUGAUUUAAUUGACGAACAUGCCGAUACAUUUAAAGAAUUGUUUGACUAUGUCAUUAUUCAUCUCAGAAAUAUGGCCUUGGUUGAAGAAUUUAUAACCAAGUUUGUCAAUGAACAUUCUUCGUUCUGUUCCUUAGCUGACAAAUACUUGGACACUAUGGGUAAUUGCUUAUUGGAUACCCAUAAGCAAAUAUUAGGUGACGGUUUUGAUAAAGAUAUGGAGUUGGCUUGGAUUAGGGUAUAUGUAUUUAUUGCAAAUUAUAUUUUGAAGUUAACUGAAGAACCAUCUGAUGCUGAAUCUGCUUCUUCACUUACCGACAUUGAGCCUUUGAAAAUUGGCAAGAGUCCAAUGACACCAAACACUCCACUCACACCAAUAAUGGAUGAAGAUGCCGCUUUUGAAGAAAACACUCAAGAUUCUGAAAAUGCUGAGACCAUCAAUACAAUUAAGUUCUUGUUGAGUUCCAACUCAAAGUAUAGAGGGUUUAGAAGAUCUUCCAAUAUCCCCAAGGAUGAACCAAUUACAGUCAGUGUUCCACCAUCAAGAAGGUCGACGUUAUCUCCAGGUUUGAGAAAUAGUCUUUCCAAGAAGGUCGAGACUGUGUGUGAAGUGGACGAAAACUUUGAUCCAAGAAAUAGAAGAAGAUUGUCAAAUGCUACUUCGUUUGUGACGGUCAAGUCCCAGCUGCCACCUUCUUCCAUUGGAGAUGACAAGGAUGAAACGUUUGAUGUUGUUGACUCAUUAUCAGGUGAUUCAUCGGAUGAAUAUGAAGAAAGAAAUGAACGUGAAGAUGAAUUUUCUACUCCUAAACCAUCGUUCACGCUGGAUAGAUUUAGAUCUCCUUUAUUACAAAGAUUAAGAGAAAAGCAACAAUGGAAUGCCAUUGACGAAGAUGAAUCCGAUGAGGAACGUGAACAAGAAGAACAUCAACGUAAAGUACAUCAACAACGUGAAGAACAAAAGCAACGUCAAUGGGAACAUGAGCGUCAACAAAUGGAACUUGCUCGUCAAAUGGAACGUUUACAUCCAGUUGAAGAAGAAAAGCCCAGAUUAAAUCUCAGAGAAUCAUUUCCAACAAUUGAACAAGAUGACGAACCAUUUGACCCAAGAAGAAGAAUAAGAUCAAGAUUCAACCAACCUGUGAAGUUAUCAUUGAGAGAAUUAACCAGUAGCGAGGAAGAUUUGUCAACUCCAUUCCAGCAACCAGGUGUUCCACAAAGAUCCCCUGCCAGAUUAAUGAAACACGCUGCUUCUACUGAAUGUUUUGGUCUUAAAGGGUUGGCUCCAAUUGUUGAACAUGAAGAUAAAUUUAUCAAGAGUGAUACUUCUAGCUCUAGAACAUCUUCAUUGUCCUUGGGUGCUUCUCAUUCUCAUUCGGGUUCCUCCAUGUCUUCCACGACUGAAGAUAAUUCCUACAGCAAACCGGUUGCGCAAUCGAGAAAUCAACAAAGUUCAUUGUGCAACCUUCGUUAUGCAUCUUCCACCCCUUCAUUAAUCCUGGAACCAAAUACCCCUAACCGUGCCUCGUUGGGAUUCAUGAGAUCAUCAUUUGUCUUGAAGAAGGAAAUGGAUCAACUUGGAUACAACAUACCCGAGAAUGUCAGUGGAAACAGUGGUGAUAUCUUGAUGGCGCCAGUUAAAUUGGAAGCUCCAAGACCACAAGUUCACUUGUUGGCUAAUGAUAGUAUGUAUCUGUUUGAACCACCAGUGAAGCCAGAUAACAGUGAUGAUGUAAGCAGCAUCAAUCCAUUUGAAAUCGCCACUGCCAACACCCUGAUGUCUUCUGAAAAAUCUUCCAGAACAUCGUUGAGAAAGAAGCUUGGUUCAUUAUUUUCUAGCAAGUCUUCGUCACAGCCAGCCAAGAGACUGACUAGUAAAACCACUGUUAAAUCCUCAGGAGCCAGUGUAAUCACAGUUGAUCCAAAGCAUUAUUCAUCAAGAAAUACCUCAGGUCAAACUUCAAUGUUCACCGCCAGACAAAUGCCUGAACCUCCACGUAAUCCAUUUACACCAUCCGUAACCUCGAGAAGUGAUUGUCGAUCAGUCGCAUCUACCGAAACCAGAAGUUCAACUAUUUCUGGAUUUUCGUUAUUGAAGAAGAGUGACAAACGUGGUGUCAAGUAUACUUUACCAGAAGCUAGACACACUAGUAGAGGAAACAGAUAUGUGGUUACUAAGGUGCCUUAUAAUAUAUUUACUUAA